UCUGCCUGUCGCUUCAAGAUGGCCGACACAAUGAGCCGGCGCCGCGCCGGUUGCCCCUGAGGCUGCUCUGAGGGCGAACCGUCAGCUAGGCCCAACAGUCCAGGCAGAAGAGCGUUGCCCAAGCAGGAGGAAAAGGAGGAAGCAGCCGAGCUAUCGGCCGCCCUCCCGCCGGUGCGGCGCCUGCCCCGCCAGGGUUGGCCCCUCGGCCGCCCGCCCGCUCGCUCCCGUGCCGCCGGGCCCCGCCCCGCCCCGGCCCUGCGCCGCCGCGGCCUCUAGCAGCCGCCGCCAUGAAGCUGACCGACAGCGUGCUGCGGAGCUUCCGCGUCGCCAAGGUGUUCCGUGAGAACUCGGACAAGAUUAACUGCUUCGAUUUCAGCCCUAACGGCGAGACGGUUAUCUCCAGCAGCGACGACGACUCCAUCGUGCUCUAUGACUGUCAGGAGGGCAAACCAAAGAGAACCCUGUACAGUAAGAAAUAUGGUGUGGACCUCAUCAGAUACACUCAUGCAGCAAACACAGUUGUUUACAGUUCUAACAAAAUAGACGAUACUAUUCGUUACCUGUCAUUGCACGACAACAAAUACAUCAGAUACUUUCCUGGACAUAGCAAAAGGGUGGUGGCUUUGUCCAUGUCACCUGUGGAUGACACUUUCAUUUCUGGGUCUCUUGAUAAGACCAUUCGACUCUGGGAUCUCCGGUCUCCUAACUGCCAGGGCCUCAUGCAUCUACAAGGCAAGCCAGUUUGUUCUUUUGAUCCGGAAGGGUUAAUUUUUGCCGCAGGUGUCAACUCUGAAAUGGUCAAACUUUAUGACCUUCGUUCUUUUGAUAAGGGGCCAUUUGCAACCUUUAAGAUGCAGUAUGAUCGGACUUGUGAGUGGACAGGACUUAAGUUCAGCAAUGAUGGCAAGCUCAUCCUCAUCUCCACCAAUGGCAGCUUUAUUCGUCUUAUUGAUGCAUUUAAGGGAGUGGUGAUGCACACAUUUGGGGGUUAUGCUAACAGCAAAGCUGUCACAUUGGAGGCUUCAUUUACUCCAGACUCUCAAUUUAUUAUGAUUGGUUCAGAGGAUGGCAAGAUCCAUGUUUGGAAUGGAGAGAGUGGUAUAAAAGUAGCUGUUUUGGAUGGUAAACACACAGGACCCAUUACCUGUUUGCAGUUUAACCCCAAGUUCAUGACCUUUGCCAGUGCAUGUUCCAACAUGGCCUUCUGGUUGCCCACCAUUGAUGACUGACUCUGAUGCUUCUCGGCUAUUUCUGUACAGUGAGGGCAGCCAGCAGAAGAAAAGUCAGAGGGGACUGAGAUAAUAGUGGUAUUGGAUCGUUUGACUGGGCUGGAGAACAUCCUUUCACAUGGCCCAUGGAUGUGCUGUACAUUUGCUCAAAAGAAAAAAGUGACUUUGCUGACCUUCUUCGAAAGGAUUCUUGAUGCAGCAGACUCAAUUGGAACUUAAGUUUUUUAGCCAUCACUGCACCAAUCUCCUCCAGAGGAGUGACCAGACUUGUGAUUAGGGUAUAGUGGGGCUCUCAAGACACCUUCAAUUUUGAAUGUAUUUGCUGCUAAAGAGCCAGUGAAGUCUGUUCUGCACAUCUCUUCUCCACUCCCAUAAAUGAAUGGGAAGCCACAGUCUUGGUUUUGGGAUGCUAGGGCAGCUUAGUGCCCCUUGCCCUCACCCUGCAUGUGUUGUUACUGGGUCUCCCUGUGUAAUUGUGGCAUUAUUCCACAGCCAUCAUGUUUCUUAGGUGCCAAACAUUUACAGAAAUAAGUCUUCAUAUAUUUUGGGGUCAGAGAAAGGGACAGAUAGAGAAGGACCUUGCUUGUCAGGAAGCCAUGCAAUUAGUCCUUCGAGGGUAGGUAGGUAAUCUGGGCAGGCAUCAGGCUCUGGGUGUUGGGUGGGAAAGGGCUCAUGAGCCUGAAAGGGAGGAAGGGGGUAGCAGGUGAGUUCUUGUGCAGUACCCUGUCAUCAAGACAAACCCAUGGUUCUCCUGGGUGCCUACUGAGCUUGGUUUGUACAAAAGCAAGGUGGGAGUCUAUUUUUGUACAUGAGAUACAUCACACUUUCCUGUGGGCCAGUAUUGUGAAGUGAGUCUGAGUUUACACUGAUGCCUUCCCUGCCAACCACAAGUUGUGUACAUAGUCUCCAGAUGAUAACACCCUUUUUCCCAGCUCCCAACCAUGAGCUGGUUCUAGGCCUGUGUUAUAUGUUAUAUUUAGCCUUUUUAUAUAUGACCUUUGAUUUCUGUUGUUUGUAAUUUAGCACAGUGUGCGCACCUUCAUUUAAAUAUAUCUGCAUACAUAUGUGUGUAUGCAUAUAUAUUCAUAUACAUAUGUAUAUAUAUAUAUAUAUAUCAUCUGUAGUUUUCUGAGUUUUGCUGAAGGAGAUAAGAGUCCUACAGCCCAGGAGAAAGAUUGCAUCCUUGCUAAUAGUGUUUGCCACAAGUGUUAGUGAGUCUUCCUUAUUACCGUUUGUUCUUUGGAAGACUGAAUGAAGAAGCAAAGCUUCUAGUGUUUGCUAUUUCCAUGGCAGCUAAGUGAGGGUCUUGGGAUGAUUCCCUGUGUUCCUCAAGCCACACUUGGGGGCCCUCUCUGCAGUGUUAGCCCCUUUUUUGCCCAUUGAUGAUCUGUGUGCAUCUGUUAUGUGACAGUUAUUCUUUGCAUGGCUUCUGUGUCUGGCUUGCAGCAUUUGGGACAGGAUGCUGACCCCAGACCAUUUUCAGUUUAUCUGAAGCUGCUUUGCCAGUUAUGUUUCACUCCCAUUUACUUGGUACAUCUGCUUUCUUGCUGUUUUUCCUUGCUUUCUCUUGGGAAAGGAUGGGGCUCUAGCCAGGCCCCCCAGGUUGAGAUGAGUUGCAGCAGGCUCAUGGCCUUUCCCCCUACAUAGCCUUCUUAGAGCAGAAUGAUGUGUUAUUUUACUAAGUUCCCAAAACAUUUAUGCAAACAAUACUCCCUGUAGAUCCAUAAACAGGCUCAACAAAGUUUGACUUGCCCACAAAUAUAUAGCUGCUAGAAGUAAAUCAGGCCAUCACUGCUUCUAUUUAGCAAUAGGAAUUGGCUAUGAAUUGCUAGCACUUUCUUUUUUUUUAAGCAAUUGCUUUUUUACUUAUUUCUCAAACUGAAAGUGCAAGAGUUGUACAUUUUUCUCAAAUGUAGACUAAAAUCUGUAGCUGCCAUGAUGCCAUUUACUGUGUAGCUCUGCCUUCUUAGAGUGGAGGGACUUUCAGAAACCAUAUUAUCUGAACUGUUAUUGCACACUGCUGGCUUUUUAGGGCAGAAAAUUCAUGAUAGGACUUAAUUGUUCACAGUGCUUGGAACUUUAGGUUGACAAGAAAGGCUGCAUAACUUAACAUUUCUGCAACCAGAGCAGCCACCAAGCCUGACUUGCCCAGCAGCAGGAAAAUAAAUGAUUUGUAUUUGAGUUCCUGUUUGUCCAAAACCGAGGCACCAUUUCUUUGAAAACAUGCCACUUCAUGACCUCUAAUUCUGGGUCCUGUGGCUGCAAAGCUGUCCUGAGAUGGGAAGGAAAGGAAAAAGAUACAGUUAGAAGUGACUGGAGAUGAUACAGUGAUGGGAAUAAUGCAGAAUCAGAUCAAAGAGAAGCUGAGUGCUGAGACUGCUUAGAUGCCUCGGUAGAAGACAGGUACUCAAGCUUUCCUGCGGGGAGGGGCUGCUUACCGCCUUCUUAAAAGUCAGGGCCAAAGCCACUGAUUUAUAUUUGAUAGCGCCACUGCACUGCUCAACCACCAGCCAGAAGAGUUCUUUUUUUUUUUUAAUUUCCUGUUGUAAUUGUAAUUACUGCUUAUUAAUGAAAAUUUGGGAAUUUUACAAAGAAUCAGUUUGCCACCCAAAUGCUACCACUGUUAAUCUUUUGGUGUUAAAUGUUCCUCUAGACAUUCCUGUGCAUAGAUUUUUGGUGUGUUUACACAGUUGUUAUUCUACUGUAUAUACAAUUUUAUGUCCCUUUUGUACUUAACAUAUAAACAUUUUUUUCCAUGUUAAUAGUGUUAAACA